UAUUUAACGUAACUUGCAGUGACAGAGCAGGUUCCAGGUGGACACUGCUUCCUCUCCUGGACCUUUCAAAGCCUCGGCACAGCAUAACCCGUGGGAGCAUAGCCAUGGUGCUCUGGGGACUGCUAGGGGCCCUGCUCAUGGUCAUGGUUGGGUGGCUGUGCUUACCAGGGCUGCUUCGGCAACGCAGACCCCAGGAGCCUCCCCUGGACAAGGGCAGCAUACCCUGGCUGGGCCAUGCCAUGGCUUUCCGGAAGAACAUGCUGGAAUUCCUGAGGCACAUGCAGUUCAAGCAUGGGGAUGUGUUCACAGUGCAGCUCGGCGGCCAGUACUUCACCUUUGUCAUGGACCCCCUCUCCUUCGGCCCCAUCCUCAAGGAUGGGCAGAGAAAACUCGACUUUGUGGAGUACGCAAAGGGCCUGGUGCUGAAGGUGUUUGGAUACCAGUCGAUAGAAGGGGACCACCGGAUGAUACACUUGGCCAGCACCAAGCACCUGAUGGGACAUGGCUUGGAGGAUCUCAAUAAAGCCAUGCUGGACAGCCUGUCACUGGUGAUGCUGGGGCCCGAAGGCAGGAGCCCGGAUGCCAGCCACUGGCACGAGGAUGGCCUCUUUCACUUCUGCUACGGUGUCAUGUUCAAGGCUGGCUACCUGAGUUUGUUCGGUCACACCAGCGACAAGAGGCAGGACUUGCUCCAGGCAGAGGAGAUAUUCGUCAAGUUCCGCAGGUUCGACCUACUUUUCCCCAGGUUUGUCUACUCCUUGCUGGGGCCCCGGGAGUGGCGAGAAGUGGGCCGGCUCCAGCAGCUCUUCCACGAGCUGCUGUCUGUGAAACACAACCCAGAGAAGGAUGGCAUGAGCAAUUGGAUAGGCCACAUGCUUCAGUAUCUCAGUGAGCAAGGGGUAGCCCCAGCUAUGCAGGACAAGUUCAACUUCAUGAUGCUCUGGGCCUCCCAGGGGAACACAGGACCGGCCUCCUUCUGGGCUCUCAUAUACCUCCUGAAGCAUCCGGAAGCCAUGCGGGCCGUGAAGGAGGAGGCCACCCGGGUGCUGGGUGAGGCUAGGCUGGAAGCCAAGCAGUCCUUCACCAUCCAGCUCAGUGCUUUGCAACACAUCCCAGUGCUGGACAGCGUGAUGGAAGAGACGCUGCGGCUGGGGGCUGCCCCCACGCUCUACAGGUUGGUACAGAAAGAUAUUCUCCUGAAGAUGGCCAGUGGGCAGGAGUGUCUGCUCCGCCAGGGGGACAUCGUGACCCUCUUCCCCUACCUCUCAGUGCACAUGGACCCUGACAUCCACCCCGAGCCCACCACCUUCAAGUAUGAUCGAUUCCUCAACCCCAAUGGCAGCCGAAAAGUGGACUUCUACAAGGCAGGCCAGAAGAUCCAUCACUACACCAUGCCCUGGGGCUCGGGCGUCUCCAUCUGCCCCGGGAGGUUCUUCGCGCUCAGCGAGAUGAAGCUCUUUGUCCUGCUCAUGGUACAGUACUUUGACCUGGAACUGGUGGAUCCUAACACACCUGUGCCACCUAUUGACCCUCGGCGCUGGGGCUUUGGCACCAUGCAGCCCACCCACGAUGUGCGAAUCCGCUACCGCCUGAAGCCUCUGGAGUGAGCUUGGCCAAGCCAGCCAUGAGCCUGGCCAGAGGAGCUCCAGGUCCCCACGGACCACUUUCCCCCUCCCUCGGGAUCUGUGGCAACCCCUCGCGCUUCUGUCUUGCUUGUCGGGGCCCCCAGCCAUCCCCUGGGUGGUCAUUCUCUCUUUAAAACACCAUCUCUCCCUGUGGGUUCUGCAGAACCCUCUCUCCCACAAGAGGAGAAGCCCAGGGAAGUGGUCAUACUGGUGGGAACCCAGCCUGGGCGAUGACGGCUGCUUCCAGGGGCUGCAAGUGCACACACCAGUACCAGUGACUUGGCAUCAGGUAGAUGCUGGGGUCCACCCUCCCACACCAUUUUAUUUUUGCCCCCAGCCUUUAUUCCUCACCCUCCGGAACUCACAUUCUAGCACAGCGUCAGCCCAUAGGAAUCCGAAGGGAGCCCUGGGUUGUACUUUUUCCAUUUUCUAGUAAAUGCAUUUAAAAAAAAAAA